AUGCGGUGCCAGUGGUGGCAGAGCGCCGUGAACGACCUGUACAAGGGCCACGCCCCAGACCACCCUGUCAUGACCGCCCUGGCGGAGGUACUGCAGCAGGCGCAGCUGACGCGGUACCGCCUGCAGCGCAUCGUGGCCAGCCGGGAGGAGGUGUCGGGGCUGGGCCAGCAGCCAGAGAGCCUGGCGGAGCUGCUGGCGCAGCUGGACUCCAGCCUGGGCCAGCUGUCCCAGCUGCAGCUGGAGGCGGCCCACGACGCCUCCCCCACCUCGGCGGAAGCCGCACAGAAGGUGGCGAGGGGGGUGGGCCUCGCCAGGGUGCUGCGAGGCACGCCCCGGGAUGCCUCCCGGGGACGCACAAGGCUGCCUGAGGAGUCCACUGGCCGGCACGGGGUGUCCCUCUCCGGACUGGCGCAGGGCAGGCCCUCGCCGGAAUUGUGUGCCGUGGCUGCUGAGCUGGCAGGGGUGGCCAAGGGCAACCUGGCAGAGGCGCGCAAAAUGACUGCCGACGUGCCGCAGGCGAGCAGGCCGCUGCUGCUCCCUGCCCUCCAUGCCAGCCUGUGGCUGGACCGGCUGGCAGCCGUGGGGCACGAUGUGUUUAACCCCGCCCUCCAGAUCUCGCCAGUCUCGCCCCUGGGGUACCAGCUUCGCCUGAAGUGGGCCAUGCUCCGGCACCGCUUCUGA